AAAAAAUAUAUACAACACCUACUAGAACAACAGAAGAGAUUUUCAACAGUAUUAAAACCAAGAAAGUAAAUACACUAGAACAUGCUGCAGAUUCAUUUAUACUCCAAAAUAAUACAAAAAGAAUCUAA